UUGGACGAAGUUGUACUAGACAAGUGCAGUGAAGUUGGAAGAGGAAUUUGGAGUCGAAAUGGAAAUUACUUCCUGAUGCAAGUUCUCCGUCCUUACGUGGUCAAUAUUUCCGCCUUCUUCUGUCUCAUUGCAUUCGAGGGUAUACUUGGCGGUCUCUCCUACGUGAACACAUUCCAUCGAGGCAAUCCUAACACUCGGGAGUAUAGUAUGUCGAUUGCAGCCUUUGCAGAUUCUUUUGGAAUAACCUGUGCCGCUUUCGCUGCCAUUCCACUGCACAAUUAUUUGCUAACAGAGAAAGCACCGAGAAGUAAACAAUUGAUUUCCCACUGA